UACAUUUCGGGACAUUUCAAAACAAAAUGGAAAAAGAAAACAACAUACAAUUUACUUUUCUUACAGUUGACUGUUAGUUUAAACAUCAUUGUUGCUGGUAUUGAACAUUAGAACAUGUUUUUUCUCAGGAUGAAUAGUUAAAAGUUCUGAACAAAGAAAUAUGAAACACUGUGCAGAAGGAUGAUAACUGAUUGUGGUCUAUAAGGAAUAACACACAUCUGGACUUAGAAAUGGAUGGAAAGCAGUUGGUCAUGAAUAUCAUUUUGUGUCUGUUGGUCAUGAUAUUUGAUUAUGUGUCAGCUAUAUCCCCAGAUUCAAUAAUGAUCAGAAAAGAUGAUGAUUGCAAAUCAAGAAACUUUGUGAAGAAAAGACAGACAUACAUAUUUACUGCAUAUGAAAUACUUGAUAAAUGUAAUUUUGACAUAACAAUACCAAGCUACUAUGGAAGUAGUCAAUACUGUGUGACUGUCGAUCAUGUCAAUAUUGACGAGACUCUGUGUCCCAUGGAAUUGAAGAUAUAUGAAGGACUGGUUACUUACGGGAAAACUGCUACAGUGCAUUUAACUUGUGAUAGUCAAGCAACAAUAAAAGAACCCAUAUGUGUAUCAGGUGUUGGAAAUGGAAUAUUUAUAGUCUUCAAAACUUAUAGAAAAUCUCGCUUAAGCAGAGUUCAUUUAAAAGUCACUUAUGGACCUAUACCAAGAACCACAACUGUGAUAACUCCAAAUACAUGGGAAGAUGGAGGUGAUCGUUUAGACAUGUCUUUAAAUAUGGUUCUAAUGUUAACACUAGUAAUCAGUGGAACAGUUAUUGUAAUUAUUGUAUGUUAUUGUUGUUGCUGUCGGAAGAGGUCUAGCAGCGGUACUGUGAUACGACAGCCACAGAAUAGACGAUCUCCACGGAGACAAGCUGCAUCUGCACCUUUGCAGCAAUCUCAUAUUCAACCGAGUGCACCAGAUCCUUAUCCUCAUACAUAUGCACAAGGGCCGCCAUCUUAUGAUAACAUUACUAAUAUUCCACUGACGCAACCAACAGCACCACCUUUAGAAUCAUUACAUUACCCACAUGAUCCAAUGAUUUCUGAUGCACCACCAUCUUACGAGUCUGUUAUACAGAACAAAAUAUGAUUACAGAUGUUCUUCAGAGAGAUGAAAAGAUACAGGAGAAGAUCAGACAAAUAGUGCAAAAAACAGUGCAUUUAGAUUGCUAAUGGCAUCUGAUAUCAUCAAAUGUUUCAAUUUUGAGUUUCAGUUCACAUUAAAUAUAUGGAAUCUAAACAUCAAGGACUACCUAUCUUUGAUUUUAUCAAAAAUGGCAAACUUUAAUUUUAAAUUUUCCAAAAGUGCAUGUUUUAUUUAUUAUAAUUUAAAUGAUAUUGUUGUAUAUCUAUGUGAAAGUUCUUCUAAUGUGAUACUACAUGUACAAAUGCAUCACUUACAAAAUUCAUGUUUUUUAUAUAUUUUGGAGGUGUUUAGACAGUUUUAUCAUUUUAUAUGCAUCAUAGCUGUUAUUUUUGGAAUUCUCAGACUUUCCAAAGAAUCUUUUUAUCUUGUCUGUCAAAGGACAAAUAAUGAUGUAAAAAAGUUUACUUUGAACGGACAAGGUUCACUUAUGGCACAAAAUGGCCUAAAAUAUCAACUUUAUUAUUAAACAUUAAAAUGGAUACAAUUUGGUUCCAAAAGUCUUAAGGCUAAAAAAAAUCAGUCCCUUUCAUAAAAGUACAUUAUAUUCUCCAAAGUUAGCUCAUUAUGGACAUUUUGUCUAAAUAUGAUGAUUUAGUGCAAGUUUCAGACCUAAAAGCUUUAGAAACACCUUGUCCGCCCUCUACGAUCCAAAAUGUGGGGUAACCAAAAGAUUCCAAUUUUGAUAUAGAAUUCAUCAAUAUAAAAACUUUUUGGAUUGUGGAUGGCGGCAAAUAUUAAUUAUGCCAAAAACAAAUUAAAAUUAUGGACAAUUUUACUGAAAUUGACUUUAAAUUACAAAAAAGGUUUAUUUAAGGGAUCAUAGCUUCAUAAAUUUGAAAGUAAGGUUCCAAAAAAUAUAUUUUUUGUUUUAAUAGUACUAUCACAAUGUGUGAGAUUUGUGAUUUCAUGACCCUAUAUAAAAAAACAUAUAAAAAUUAGGGCCAAUUUUAACCCUUCAUGAAACUUCUCCUUUGUCAGUUGUAAAUAAAAGAUUUGUUGCACUUUAGAGAAAAUAAGUGAAGAAUGAAGGACUACACUACAUCUCAGGGAAUUUUUAACAAGUCUGUUGAAACUUAACUUCAAAUAUUGUUAAACUAUUGAUUACACAGGGUAAACAUUUUUUUCCACAACAUAGCUUUAGUCCAAUUCUUAUGUUAGAGAAAAGAAACAGAAAUCUUAAGGUGCCAAGGUUGACUGCCUGACCCCAAAGAUCAUAGGACCUAUUUGACCAUGUAGGAGUCACAUGUAAAAAGUCCUUAACAUUUUUUUCUGAUCUGAACUCAAAAGUUAUUUGUGUAUUCUUUAAAGUAAUCUUCAAGCAUGAUAAAAGUACCUUAAUAAAACACUCUUUUUAUUAAUUUUUGAAAGAAGAGCUACAAUAUAGAUUUUCUUGGGGAUAUGCUUCAAGGUAGCUUUUAAGAAAGUAUAUUCAGCCAUUUGAAAAAGUCCUUUUGUUGAUAACCUAUUGCAAGUGUUAAGAUGAACAGCAGCAGCAACAUCGCUGUUCUUAGAAAAUUUAUGGUUAGAAUAUAAAAUUGAGAAUGGAAAUGGGGAAUUUGUCAAAGAGACAACAACCCCACUAUAGAAAAAAACAACAGCAGAAGGUCUCCAACAAGUCUGCAAUGUAGCAAGAAAUUCCCGCAACCAGAGGGGUCUUUCAGCUGGCCCCUAAACAAAUAUAUACAUGUUUACUAGUUCAGUGAUAAUGAACGCCAUACAAAUUUCCAAAUUGUACACAAGAAACUAAACUUAAAAAAAUACAAGACUAACAAAGGCCAGAGGCUCCUGACUUGGGACCUAUGUUUUCCUAAUUCAUAUGAAUUUGUAAUAUGCAUGCUUUUUCAAUGGAAAUUGUAACAUCACAAUACAUUCUGAAUAGCAUAAAAAACCAUCAUAUGAGCAUAUGUAUUCAAAUAAAUACUGAAAAUUUAGAAAUUAGUGCAUGCAUUUACAAUUGAGAUUGUGGCAAAAAGCACAAAAAUGCUAGAUUAAUUAUUGCAAUUAAAGAAGGGAAAUCUGCAUACAAUUAUAUGUAAUCGAUAUCAAUGCAAGUUUCUAUUAUUGAGAUACUCACCCAUUCAAAAUUUGUAUCAAUGAUAAAAACCUCACAACAAUUUCUAAAUUAACAGUACAUUUUUAGUUAAUUCUGGCAGUGUUUCGUAAACUCAUUAAAUCCUUAGGCAGGGUAAAUUGAGAAAUGAAAGGUUAGGUUUUUUGACAAUUGGUUCAGUGUAGAGGCAGAUUUAGGGGGCAGGGGGCCGUCCCCCCUUUAUUGGGCAAAAAUUUAGUUGCUUAAAUAGGGAAUCACUGAAGUGGGACUGGAACGGGCCAAGUCUUAGGCAGUCAGUGGGCCCCCACUUAUGAAAAUUUCUGGAUCCGCCACUGCAGUGAUUAUAGUUUGUUUUUUGUACUUUUUAAGACAGUUGUUGAUAUAUACUUGUUUUUCAAUGCAAUUAUGUUAAUGUGUACAUAAUAUACAUAGUGCAAUCCAUCUAUAUUAGGGCACCAAUUAUACAUGAUAUGAACUAAGGGACAUUUUACCAAUAUAUUUAUUAUACAUGUACUGUAAAAUAGCAUUCUAAGUUACUCCUGUGGAUUAAAAGGCUGUCAUGGAUAUGCUUGAUUGGCUUGACAAAUUUGCAUGUAUGAUGAAUUUAUUGUUAGUUGUGCAUGAUGAAUUUAUAGUUAGUUGUGUAUGAUAAAUUUGUAGUUAGUUGUGUAUGAUGAAUUUUUAGUUAGUUGUGUCUACAAAUAGCAUAUAUUUAUUUUAAGGUGAUACCCAACACUUGAACUAAAAUUAAUUUAGCUCGUUUAAUUUUUUAAGUAUUUACUUUGACCCUUUGACAAAAAUAUAAAAAUUAAAAAAAAUUUGAACCAACCGUUUUAUCACUGGUUAUAUAGCAGUUUGACAAACAUUUAUUUUGAUCAUUGAGAAGCUUAAUAUCCCUUUAACAACACAAAGUAUUUUAAAAAAACGUUUAGCUGAUUUUACAGAGUUAUCUCCCUGUAGUGUUAGGUACCACCUUAAUUAAAUUAGAUCUGUCAUUUCAUUAAUCUGGAAGGGAAGAUUUUUGAUCUGCCAUUUUGUAUAAGAUCUGUUUUUACAUGAAUCUUAAGAAGUUGGAAUUACAUUUACUUCUUUUCAGUGUUAGCUAUUGGUGUGAAAAAUUCAUUUUGUUGGCUGUGAAUAAGUAAACUUAACUUGGGGUUGUAAUUUUCAAUACAUAUUUUUACAUUGUAAAGACUGUUUUUCUACUAUUUAAGUAUUGUAUAGCAUGAAAUUAAUUUUCAUUAUAGGUUAAAUUUUUCGCUUUUUUAGGAUUUAUGAAUUAAUAUAUAAAAUAAAGUAACGACAUU